UAAUCAUUUAAAUUCAUUAUUUGGUUUUGUUUUGGGUUUUAAAAAUUUGAAAUAGUUUCCCACUGAAAAGAUGAGAAAACGAGUUGAGAAAUCCUCCAAAGAGAAAGUGGACAAGGUGGAUUCUGGGAUUGAGGAGGAAACAUCUAAAACCGCAGAUGAUUACCAGUGUUCAGGAAAUCUGGAGAUGGACUUCACAGGACUCUGUAAACUCAUGGGUGUGAAAAAGAUCCCUUCUGUCAAGCUGAAGCAGUCAAAAUCUGUGAUGGAACACAAUCGAUCUCAGAAAUCCUUAGAAAGUCAAAUGACAACAUGGUCCUCUGAGCCCUGCCUUGAGAUAGAGCUGGAGAAUGAAGACCAGUCAAAGACAGUCAAGAUAUCUGGAUGGAAGGUGGAUGAUAUGAUGCUUCAGGUGCUGAGCAGGACAUUGCCGUCCCUCAGUAAUUUCCAGUGCUUACACAUGUGGCGUGUAGGCCUGACGGAUUGCACUUUUGCCUCCUUGAGAAACACAGUGUCUCUUUGCUCAAAUCUCAGGAAAGUGGUUUUGGAUGGCAAUCCACUCCCUGAGCAGAGCUACCACUUACUUAUAGGGAAGGACAGCAUGCUGACAGACUUAUCACUACGCAACAAUCAUAUAGGAGAGGAAGGAGCUCGUCUGAUUGGCUCGUCUCUGUCCACUGUACCCACUGCCAACAAAAACCUCCUGUCACUCAACCUGGCCUUUAAUAGCAUUGGUGAUGCAGGUGCAAAACACAUUGCUCAGGGUCUGCGUCUCAACCGUUCCUUGCUAUGUCUGUCCUUAUCCCACAAUCAAAUAGGAGAUGAAGGAGCAGCUCGUUUGGCUGAGGUGCUUGGCCCAUUUGCUCUGACACAUGAGGAGAUAGUUGAGAGGAGGAAGCUGUUAACUAAAGUUGAACAAUCAGUGAUCCAGACGUCCCUGGUUAGUCUUGCAGACUCACAGGAACAGCCUCUUUCCGUCCGCAGCAGCUCUUCGCUGGAUCGCCUCAACAAGAUUGCAAAGAACACCACCAAAAAGAAGGACAACCCUAAAAAAGAGGAGAAACCAGCGCCAGCUCAGGUAGCCAAGAAAGAGGAGCCAAAAGUGGCCAAGAAAGAUGAUAAAGUUCCCCGUAGUCAGGCUGGAAAGAUAGGACCCAAAGACAAGAAUCUGCCAGUUUCUGAACAAGAGACAGUGGAGGUGGUUGAGACGGUGAUUCCUCUGUUGGAUCCUGGAAUUGUGCACACUGGAGGGAAAGUCAUUCAUCCAGGAAACACAUGCCUUACUUCUCUGAAUCUGUCAGGAAAUAAGCUGACUGAGCAGUCACUCAAGCUGUUCCUCUCAUCUUUGGAAGGCCAGGGUGAAGGUGGACUUCUGCGUCUUUCUCUCAAUAGAAAUCGGUUUCCAUCCGAUUGUGACAUCUUCCUGAAGAUACAGGAAAUGAUGGCUCUCAAGGACCCUCUAAACAAAAACAACACUGGUCAGGUGGAGGAUGAACAUGGUGAACUAAAGACCACCAGUGCAGCUUAACAAUGUAAAUGACAAGAA